GAUUUGCUUGGUGUUCGCCUGGAGUUCCUGCAAGGUCGUCAGACCAUCUCGCGCACAUCCCGCAGCAAACCAACUGUCGGGGACACCUUCAAACACCAGCUCAGUGCACUGGUGGAUGUGCUGGAUCUCACCAAUCCAUGGUAUGUUCGUUGCCUGAAACCCAACUCCCAGAAGCGUCCGAAUGACUACCAGCCCAAUGAGGUGCUGCAGCAGUUACGCUACUCAGGAAUGCUGGAUAUUAUCCGCAUCAAACGAGAGGGCUACCCGGUCCAUGUCCCGAUCGACACGUUCCUCAGCAAGUAUGGCGUUCUCCUGGACCAAGGGUCGCAGGGGGGUGACGCCACGGGAGCGGCGGUGAAGGUCAUUCUGAAUGCCCUGGAACUGCCCAAGACGGAGUGGCAAGUGGGCAAGACAAAGGUCUUCAUGAGGAACAGUGUGUUUGAACCCCUGGAAGAGCGCAGACAGCGCUUGCUGCAUAGGAAGGCUGUGCUUAUUCAGAAAGUUUGGAGGGGAUUCUUCUGCUACAGGAGCUACCAACAGAAGCGAGAAGCUGUUCUCAUUUUGCAAGACAGCUUCCGGUCUUUCAGGCACAGGCUCGAGUUUCUGCGCAAAAGGAGAGCAGCUGUUGUAUUACAGUCUCACUACCGUGGUCGCCUUGCACGUCGCCGAGCCCAGGAAAUCCGAGUACAGCGGCACAUGGAGGAAGAGAGACGCAAAAGAGAGGAGUUUGAGAGAGAGCGUCUGGCCAGAGAGCAGGAGAGUGCCGACCAAACGGCCAUCGACGAAGCUCUCAAGAAAAUGAAAAAGAGGCAAUCUUGGCAAAAAAUAUUGAGGCAGUCACAGUUGGAGCUGGAGUCGUUGACUCACCUGAUUGAGUCCAUGUGGACCCACUGCCAGCCAGCUGUCUCGGCCUCCAAUAUGGAUCUGGAUGCCAUGUUCGACUUCCUGAAGGAGGAGCGGACUGAUAUGAAGUCGGCUGAGGUCACAAAGGAAGCUGCUCUGAACAAGAUCAAUGAGGAGUUCAGUACCCUGGACACUCUGUGGAAGGAGGCAGAGAAGGUGGGUUUUUUCUAUCCUUUUUGUGCUCUCUUGGAACUUAUACAGGCCUUCCUAGAUGACUACCCUCCCCCGCCCCCUCCUCCUCCCCCUGGAGAUGGGCCGGCCCUCUCCAUGCCUCAGCUGCCUACCCCUCUGACCCCUCCCCCUGGGGUCAGCCAAGCCACAGCCUUCAUCUCCUCCUGUAUCGACUUCCCGCCACCCAUGCGGGACAAGGGCACAACUCCUCCUCCACCACCGCCAAGAAUCUCAUCUGCUACGAAUGGAGAUCUCCUCCCCCCUCCCCCACCAUGUAUGACCAACUCCCAGGCAGAUCUCUCAUCUCUCCCCAAUGGCGACUCACUCCCUCCCCCACCGGAGGAAACGGUGGUGGAAGGCGAGAACCCGUACGCAGAACUCAAAGAAGUCCACAAAGCUAUUCACGAGUCUCUGGUCAAUGGUGGGUUCGAGUCUCCAGCCCCCACCCCGCCGGCAGUGCCCCCUAUCCGUCGGCCGGGUCCCCCAUCAGUGCCAAACACCCCGCGGUCUAGCAUGGCCUUGAACUUCAGCAUAUCAGCUCAGCAUUACGAUUCAGAAGUGGCUCAGCUCUCCCCGGUCACCCACGAGAAACUCAGCAGUCUCAUGAAUCGUGCCUCGAGGGAAAUGAACUCGCACUCGGAGCCGUCGCCUGCCCGGGACUUGGAAGAAAGUAUACCAGAGCCGGAUGCACUCUAUGACAUUUUGGAGUAUGCCGAGAAAUACUUUAAUGACCAUGAGAGGGAUGCCGGAUCAACCAUCAUCAAGAGUUUGAAGAAAAAGAAUAAGCAGCCAUCUUUGUCGGAUUGCUUGACAAAGGCGGAGAUGCUCAAAUACAGCAAAAGUGGCCUUAUCCCAACUUCCCAUAUCCAUCUGCAUGACUCGGAGAACAUUCAUCUGGCUUGUCUCAUAUUCAAGGAAGUGACCAAGUACAUGCGGGACGAGGUCAAGGACGAUGCGGCCAUCUCCCUGGUCCAGUGGCUGGUCAAGUCUGGCAUUGACAGAAUCGAGCUCCGUGAUGAGAUACUGAUACAGCUCCUGCGUCAGACCAACGAGAACCCAGACUCGAGUGCCUUAGCCAACGCCUGGUCACUCUUGUGCCUCUGCACCGCAGCCUUCUCCCCCAGCAAGCACUUGCACAAGUACCUCGUGUCCUACGUCAAGCGCUGCUGCUCUGACCCAGUGGGUGGGCGACACGCCAUGAUGUGCUACAAGCAGCUGACUGUUGCUCGUGCCACCGCCCGCCGCUUCCCUCCAUCCACCAUCGAGAUUUUGGCGGUGCAAAGUCUGAACCCAAUCGUGAGCAAAGUGUACUUCAUGGACAUGAAGACGAAGGCCGUGAGCCUUUACCCUAUGGACACCACACAGGAGCUGCUCUCUAAGGUGGCCCGCAAGAUUGGCCUACAGUCUGUCGAAGGAUGGGCCAUCUAUGAGGUAACUGAGGACCAUGAGCGCUUCAUUCGCAGCUACGAAUAUAUAGCAGAUAUCCUGGCUCAGUGGGAGGGACAAAACCAGUUGUAUGUGCAGCCCACCAAAUAUGAGACGGUGUCCAAGAAAGGUCCCAAGAUGGCGCUGGGCGGUGAAGGAGCUCGUCUUGUGUUCCGGAAACGCGUGUACCGCCAUGUGCAUGAUAUCCCCAAUGACCCGAUAGAGUAUCAUUUGCUUUAUGCUGAGGCUGCGCAUAAGGUGGUUAAGUGUGAUGAGUACAGUGUGUCGGACAAAGUGGGACUGCAGCUGGCCGGUCUACAAGCUCAGGUGAUCUGGGGCCAGUUCGAGCCCAGCAAAGAGUUCCGUUACAGCGAGGCGGACCAGUACCUGUGCAAGAGGAUCCUCGCCUCCUCAGGCAAAAACUGGUCGCAGGAAGUGGCCAAAGCUCACAUGCAUUACGGAGCUGACAAAAGUGAGUUGGAGGCCAAGGUGUGGUACCUAACGUGCGUGAAGCAGUUCGCCCUCUACGGCUGCACACUGUUCCCCAUCAUGCACAAGGGCAUGUGGUCGCAUACCAGCGAGUCCCUUCUAGCCAUCAACAUGGACGGCGUCAAAUUCGUACGCGCCAAGGACAAAUACGUCAUCCACGACUUCAAGUACCACGAGAUCGAAUCUAUCAUGAUUGACCCUAACGACAACUACCUCACUCUGGAGCUGUUCAGCAAGGCGCAGUCGGGUUUGAUGCAGAAGACGUUUGUGUUUGAGACGAGUCAGAAGGACGAUAUCGGCCAUCUCAUCGCCUCGUAUUCGCCCGCUCACGCCACCUGGAUGAAGUCGGACAAUGAAGGCAUGAAGAAGAUCAAGAUGACAGAUGACGACAAGCUGAAGCUGUAUGAGGAGCUGGUGCGUUGUCGUAAGGCACUGUCGGAGAGCCGGCUGCUUCAGAGGCCUGCCAAUGACUCGGCCACUGGAUUCCUCCGCAAUACCCUGAGGAGGCUCACCAAACCCAAGCUGGAGAAGCUGCGUAGUUGGAGCAGCAGUGACGCAGGCACCCAGUUCAGCGUGGACUACUGGUCCUACACCAAGACCGCCAUCAAGCAGAGCCUGACGGUGAUACAUGACCCAAGCCUGGAGGAGGCGGCCGUCAAGAUGUUUACCCAGAUUCUCAUCUACGCAGGGAUUGAAGAACAUGCUGACCCCAGUGACCCCGAGCGAAUCAGUCUGGUGCAGAUGCUGAUGCAGAAGUGUCUGGAGAGUGACUUCACGUGUAAUGAGUUUUACCUGCAGCUGGUCAAACAGACCACUGAUCAUCCUGAUCCCAACUCGACGGUCAACUGUCGCAGCUGGCAGCUGAUGGCGGUGACUGCAAGCACACUGUGUCCAGCCAACACGCGUGUUCAGAAGUAUGUUCUGUGUCACCUGAAGAAGUGCUCCAUGGACACCACGACGGAGGAGGGGAAGUUUGCUCGCUUCUCACUCAAGUGUUUGAACAGAACGAUUGAGAAGAAAAGGAGAAAGUUUGCUCCUUCUGGAAGAGAAAUUCAGUGUGUCAUUCAAAGGAAACCAGUAACGCAGAAAAUCUACUUCCUCAAUGGUGAGCAGAGAGUGAUUGAGUUUGACUCAGCUGGAACAUGUGGGGAGAUGAUCAAGACUGUUAAGACCAAGAUUGGCAUGAGGUCGGAUGCCGAGUGCUUCGCCAUGUAUGAAAUCAUGGGAACUUCAGAGCGUGCCAUGACAUGUGAUGAGCGACUCUCAGACACAAUCAGCAAGUGGGACCGACUGUCGCGCAGCGGAGCUGUCAAAGAGCUGAAACUAGUCUUCAAGAAACGUCUGUUUAUUGAGCCAUAUGUGAACAACAGUGACCCCGUCGAAUGUGACCUUUUGUUCAACCAGCUGAUUGAGGAUGUAUUUGAACAAAGGAUUCCUGUGUCACAUAAAGAGGCCGUUCACCUCUGUGCCUUGAAGGUUCAAUCUGAAAUUGAAGACAUGAAAUCUGGUGAUAUUGAUUAUACCUCGGUGAUGCGUAUCUUGCCUCGUGACAUGCGCUGUACGGUGCGCCCGGAGGAAGUGGCGACCACACACAAAACUGUUCUGGACAUGAGCCCGCACCAGGCAGUGGUCUCUUUCAUCAACCUGCUCAAGAACUGGUCACUCUUCGGAGCCACCAUCUUUGAAGUUUCUCAAACGUACACGUCCACUAUGCCAAAGAACCUGUUGCUGGGUGUUCACCAGAAAGGCAUCUAUUUGCUGGAGAUGAACACAUUUGAUGUUCUGUCUUCCUACGGCUACUCGGACAUUGUCCACUCCAGCCCGGCUAUCAAAAGUAUUAUGAUUGUGAUUGGUCACAUGGCAAAGGGAAUCAAGUUCAUGUUCAACACCAAUCAGGCGUCUCAGAUUGCCCAACUGAUCAAGGACUACAUGGAGGAGCUGCAGGCCCGCUACAUGCUGACCCCGACUGAGAACUCCAACCGCAUGUCCCGAGCCUUCGACAUCGACGAGCUGGAGAGGACAAACGCAUAUUUACAGAACUUUGAUAUUGAUCGAUUUUGAAGCGUUUUGCUGUAGUAAACAGGCAAAUGCAUUCUUACAGAACCUUGAUGUUGAUAGAUUUUGAAGGGUUUAGCUGUAUUGUACGGGCGAGAUGUCACUUUGACUGAAGAUAGUAUUUUUUGGUUCUGAGGGAACUUGUUUGGAAUUCAGGGUUCCCACCUACUUCAGGAGAUGUCCACCUACUUCAGGAGAUGUCCAGGGUGACCCAGAUGAAGAAAUUUGAAGAAAAAAGCUGUGCUCAUAUAUAACUGCAGAGAUAUUGAAACGAAGGGUUUUUCUUUUCCCUACAAGGCUUAGUUGAGAUCUCUCCGAGAUAAAAUGUUAGAACAUUUUGGUGUCUUUUUUUUUCAUUGGACAUGUGGACGGAGGCAAAAUCUGUGAUGGUAUCAUGAGCAAGUGCUGGUAGGUUUGUGUGUGGAUUAGGUACUACGUUCAGGAGAUUCAGGUGGCUGUGGCUGUGUGCAGGAAUCCAUUUUUCACAAUUUGUGAGACAAUCCCUGAAACUGUUCUUAUGAGAUUGCUUGAAAAUACGUAUUUUGCAAAAUGAUUUCAAGUUGAUAGCAUGUAUGUUCUUAUUGUUUUAGGACUGCAGAUGUACCAUCGUGUCAUCUGUCCUGAGCAGUGAAGGUUUUUGUAUCUGAUCAAUUGCUUUUCUUUGAUGAAAGUCAUAGUCAAGAGUUAUAUCUUAAAUGUUUGGGUAGUUGUCAGUGAGAAGUGGAGAAAAGUUUGAUAACUGUUCACUGGACAGGCAAAGAAUAAUUUUGUCUCACAGAGGUUUAUAAAAUGUAAGCCGAACCAAAGAUGUCUCAGUGUGUACCGGUCUCAGUUUGAAGCAGAAAUUCCAGUUUUGCUGUACUUUCUCCUUGGAGUAGUAAAAUAACAUUUCUGAAUAAAACAACACGUCUACAGAUUUACAUGACUGUGCAGAAAUCCUUUUACUUGUCCUAUAAGUAGCCAUAUAUGUGGCACGGGAGCUGCCCUUGAAGAUUUUAUUUAUUACAUACAGUGAUCCACACACUGCAUUGCUGUCCAUUUUUGUAAUGCUUAAUGCUGUAUAUCUGUUUUGUAUGUCUUUUUGAGGUGACAUAAUAUUUUGAUACAACUCAAUUCUGAACAUUUGCAUUUGUUUCUUAUUUCAAACCCAUGUUAAUGGGUUUGUGUUUGCUCGUCAGUAAUUUUACAAGCUCCCAGCUUGGAGAACAUGACAUAAUUCUAGUCCGUUUGUUAAUUUAUCUUGUUUAUCAUACACUGAUUGUGUAAAUAGAUUUUGUGUUUGUAUAUGUGUGAUUGUAUUUAUGUAUGCAGGGUGCUUUUUGGGAAAUGAAUUUUGUCUGAAAGCAAAGUGUCUGGGAGAAUUUAGAAUUUUUUGGGGGUUCUCUUUUUCUUUUUUUUCUUUUUUUUUUUUUAAAAUUUUGUUUUCAUGUUAAAGUUAAAGUAAGGCCAACAAGUAAUGUAUUUAAAUUAUCUUGUGCACUUCUCUCAUUUUCCCAUUACUCGACGUAUUUUUCUCCGAAGCUGCUUUUUUCAUUGUUGUAUUUAGUCUACACUUUUUUUAUACAUGUAUAUUUAUUUUCUACUUUGUACUUAAACAAACAGGUAGCAUUGUUUGCAAUAUCAACAAAAUCUGUGUAGCUUUUGGUUUCAUUUGUAAUUGUUUUUGUUUUCAAUAGGUGGCUGUGCUUCGGUUUUUUGUGGUUCUCUGAUAUGUUAUAGAUAUAUAUAGAUCUGCAGCAAUAAUGACUUUUGAGAGAAUUGUCGCAUGGCGUAACAAAAAUAGGCUUACUGCUGAUGCUGUAGUCUGAAUCAAGUGUCGUGUGUGGUAGAAGUUUUAGGACUUGUCACUUUGUAUUUUUUUUUACAAGGUGCUUGAAUGUGCUGGAUGUCUUUGUGCGAAAGGAGAAGAAAAAACAAUUUUCAUUUGCUAUCAGAACCAGUCCAUAAGUGCUUCAUCAAGAAAAAACAUCACAACUUUUUCAUGUGUAGUUCUCAGCUCCUGACUUGAAAAAGAGAACCUGCAAUGUUUUGGGGUUUUUUUUUUUUUCAAAUUAAAAUGGAAUCCAUUGAAUGCCAUAAAUUCUACAUUGCUAAUACAACCCUGCUGUCUCCUUGUGCUUGUGGUGAUGAUGCGAAUGCUGUUACUUUAAAAGGACGAAUAUGACCAAAGAUUGUUUUCUCCAAAAGCUGUUCAGUCAAUUUUUUUUUACCGAGCAGAGCCAGACCUUCGCAUCUGGCCGCGAGGGGUCCCUGGCUGUGAGUCAUUCCGAUUUGUCCCCAACUUCACUGGAUCUUUUGUCCCCCUAUUCCAUACAACUUAGAGAAUGUUUAUAAAUACCGCUAUGAUACACAAAGCAUUUAUCAACUUUUAAAAAUUAAUUUCACUAAAUAAAGUUGAAAUUGCCAGCUCAUAGAAUGAGUAAUUUUAACUUCUCUUAUGUUUUUGUAAAGGAAUUCUUUGACUAGUAAGUUAAGUGAUCUUUCUGUCAAGAAAAAAUGUAGCUGUCAGGAUUGAUUAUUUUGAGAUUACUUACAGUAGAUAUUUUCUUUUGAACUGAAGAUUAAUCGUUUUGAAAAUGAAAUUGUAUUUGAUUAGAAGUAUGUGCAAGUUGAUAUUUAGUUUAACAGAGUUUCGCAAAAGCUAACAUACAGGUAUUCAUAAUUAAUAAUAACUAUUUCCUAACACAUUGACAUUUGUUUGCAUGAGCAAGGAAUCAAGGAGGAAAAUGUGAAUUUCUACUAGUCACUGCAAUGAUGAUUGCUUUGUACAAAGAUGUUAUUCAGACCAUGUCCGCUCUCGUGAAGGGUUUCGCCUCAGGUGUUGUUCUUGUGUGUGGGUUCAAAGUUACUUUUUCAGCUCUAGUCUGAUUUGUGUAUGGUUGUUCAGACGUCCACAAUGGUCUGCUCCCGUAACUUCUUUUCAUUGGUACUAAUAUCAUAAUCUGUUCCUGGCAAAAUAUGGUUGUCAUCUCUCUCUCUCCGACUGGCGAUGACUACAACUCAACCAUGACUGCUCUAGUCUCACCAAUUUAUGAUGUUCGAGCGACAGUGUGGAACCUUCAUAAUGCGGCAUGGAGUAGCUCAUGACCUUCUCUGUGUAUUUAUAUACAGGCCUUUCUGGCAUUGCUGUGCUAUAAAUCCUAUAGCUCUGACAUUUGUAUUGUCAAGCUAGAUAUACAGUUUGCUUUAGCAGGUGCAAAAGAAGUUUUAUAUCUCAGGACAGAUGAGGCGCCAGGGAAGUGUACAUUCACUUUGUAUAACCCACUGAUAGUAAUGAUGGUUCUUACGCAUUCUGCAUCUUUGUCUUUUUUAUAUCUCCAUCCUUGAAUGACUGUCUCCUUGCUGUCUUACUGGUUCAGUUCCACAAAGUCAUUCUUUGGGACUUUUCUGUUUUAUGUCUCAAACAGUGAGCUAACCGAAGCUUUUUCCUGAUCAAUUCUUUUGCCUUUACAAGUGUCGCGCUAGGCUCUGGGAAAUCCAUGAGAUUUCGUGUCUCUGUGCCAUAACGCAUGUUGGAGCGGGCAAUAAAGUUAUCUUAAUUAUCAUAUCUUACUUGUCUCAGCCUUUCUUGUAUUAGGGGUUUGAUUAUGGGACCUUAUACCCAUAUCGCACUAUUUAUAUAGGCUGCUGAGUGGCGGGAAGCUGUAGAAGUUAAGUCUCGUUUUCUUCAAUUUACCUUUACGCGGAUGUCCAAAUUAAUCCACUGCGAGAUCAGCGACAGCUCAUACGAGGACAUUAUUUUCGUCCCUAAGGAGUGUGAAUGUGAAUGACUGCACCUUCUACUUCUCAUGUGACUCGUGAAUUAUUUGAGCUCUAGCCCCGCGGGCCUUAUAGGACCUGCACACCUGACCUCCCUCGGGUUUGCUACUAGAUUGGCUUCACCGUACACUCAGGCAUGUGUCUAGAUCCAUAUGGUUGAUUACUUCAUCAUGUCUUGUGUGCAUCAUAUAUAUAUAUAUAUAUAUAUAUAUAUAUAUAAGAUGAUCAUAAAGACAAGUGAAUUCCUAAAAUUUUCCUAAAUGACAAGGGAAAAGUAGCAUUCUUGGAAGCCUGCUGGUGGCAGUGUUGGUGCAGAGGUGUGGCUCAGAUGACCCGCAACAAAGAAGUGUUUUGGUGUAUAUCUGAAUAUUUCUUACUGCGUUAUGUCAGACUGGUGAAGUCUGCCCGACGUGAGAUAAAAAAGUGGUCUUGCUCCUUCUUGAACGGUGGUGAUGUUUUUUUUUUUUAUCCCUUUACUGGCUAUUGCAUGUACAUGACUAAUGCAUAACAUACAAGUUUUGGUGCUCUUUGCUAAUGUAAAGUAAUUCUUUUGUUGUUGUUUUUUUCCUGGUAAACAAUGCAUAUUUUUACUUUGUUGUAGGAAAACGUGCAAUGUAAUGUUUAAACUGUAUUGUUCUAUUUUUGUUGAAGGCACUGUCCUUCGGUAGGAAGUUUUUUAACACAAUGACUAGUGAUUUCUAAUUUUUUCUACUAUCUUGAAAUUUCAACCCUAAUCUGAUAUGAUGUCAUUGUUUACAUGGGAAGAUACAUAUUUAGUGAUUUGGAAAAAAAAAAGUUUCUUACGUUAUGACAAGUUUGCCAGUUAUGUGAGCUGUUCCUUUGAGAGAGGUCUUUUGGCCCGCCUAUGUAUGUGUUUUCUUAGUUCGAAAUUACGCCCCCCCCCCCCUCCUUCCCCAUAUCACAACCAAUACCCUGAAAAAAAAAAUCAAAGUUAUACAAAAGCAUUACAUUUACCUUUCAUUGUCCCUUCUCAGUCCAGUCUGUUUGACAAUCUACAUGAUACAUUCACCUUCUGAGGUACCAAUGUUUUGUUGGAGUGUUUAUUCAUGGGGCGUAUAUAUAAUUUUGACCUCCAAGGCAAAAACUUGAUCAAAAUGCCCAUCCUGAUUUUUUUUCAUUUUACACUCGUCGUAUAUAUAUAUACAUUCUUUUGAAAAACAAUUUUUGAUGUUCUUUCUUUCAAAAUCGGUAGGAAUAAUAUUCCUGGUGAAGGGCUAUAAUUGAUUAUGUUUGAUUGACAAUUUGUAUGACCCUCAGUGAUGUUUACUUUUGAAAUACAGUUGACUAUGUCCAAGGCGAUCACUCUUUAUGGAGGAGGAAAGUGGUCAUCUCAGUAACAUACACAGAGGAGGUAGCGGUCUUUAGUUCAGGUGAUUGUCUUGGACAGGUGGUCGUUAAGGGCAGGUUUGACUGCUAUUAAAAAUCAAAUUUUGAUGUUCUUUCAUUCAAAGUUGGUAGGAACAAUAUUCCUAGUUGAGGGCUAUAAUUGAUUAUGAUUGAUAGAAAAUGUUAAUGUCCCUCAGUGCUGUUAAGUUUAGAAAUAACUGUGGAUUCAUUGCCCAUUGGAGGUGAUAUAGCUUUUCUGUGUGUUGAGAUUAAGUGUUUUCAAAUGUUACAAGUUUUUCUCGGAAUCCGUCAUUUUCCUUUGUCAUGCAGUGUAAUGAUUUUUACAUUGUAGUUUACUUAAUUCUAUGUUUCAGAACGUUGUGUUGAGUGAACCCAGAGUUUGUGAGACUUGCAGCAGACUUAUGGCCAGUAUUUCAGAGACAUAGCGUCGUUGAAGUAGUGUGGUUGAAUAACUGUUAUUGGAAGUUUUUAAAAGUAACUAUCAUUAGAAAUCUAUGAUUUUUGCCUGACUCAAUUUUGUUUGAAAAGAAAGAAAGAAAAAAAAAGUUCCUUUCGAAGUCAAAAAUUUAUCUGCCUGUCUCAGAGUUCUGUUCUUGUUUGGCUUUAGAGUCCGUAAUGUCAGCAGAAUCAAGAACAUAUGAGAACUACUUAUUACAUUGUGAAGAAAAAAAUGUGAGAAAAUAUACAGUUUUUUUGCCAUCUUUGUCUAAAGUAAAAAUAGGAAUAUAGGCCAGCAGUUUUGUGCUGUAUUGAAAGAGUUUCCCUAGUAUAAGCUAAUUAAAUUUAUUUGAAUGCAUAUUUACUGCUCAAUGUAGGCCUACUACUGUAAGACUGUGUCUACAUAACUUUUCAAAACAACGCAUUUCAGAGUCUUACACUAAGCAGUUGAUAUGCAGUUUUAAGAUCUUGUAGCCUUUUUGACUGAGGCAGAGGGUAGUAUUGACAAAAUUAAUCUGUUCUGUUCAAUGGUUUUCCUCAUGUGUUGUUUCACAAUGGGUUUUCAAUCUCAGACUGGCAGCUCUCUGUUCAUUUAUAGAUUUUUUUUCCCUCUGACCCUCAAUGAAUGGAGGUCAGUGCUGUUUGCCCAGGCGGAUUUACUUUCUUUUGUACUAUGUUGGCAAUGAAAUGAUUGUCAUUGGGCUUAGAGAGACUGAGGCAGCAUGAUAUUUGAGGGGAGUGCUAAGCAAAUACAGGAUAGUUUUAGCCCAGCUAUACAUUAUUGUUACCUGUUCGGACCCUAAUCGGUUCAGUGAUAUGAUUAGGCACAGUUGUAGGUGCAUCGGUUUUUUUUUGGUAAUGUUUGUUUGAUGGUUGAGGUUUGAUCACUGCUUGGUGGACUGUGUGUGUGUGCGUGUCUUCUUGCUGUGUGGGUUAGCUGACGUCCAGGGGCUUACUAAAAACUUGGGUUAGAAAGUACAAAUUCAUGUCAUACACUAUGGAUUUUUUAGUCCCCACUGUAUGGACAAAUUUCAGGGUCUUUGAAACGUGUGUGAAUGAACUCAACAUUGUAACAACGCGUAAAUUUUCUGAGGCAAAUCACAAAGUUAAUAGAUUUCACAAGAAAGUUUUGUCUUUUGAUCAAAAGUUUCCUGUUUUGUAUCUUAGUUGAGAAGAAAUAAAACAUUUUUUUUCUAAGUGUAGGUGGUUUUUUAAAUGCCCUAUUCGACCCAAUUUAGAUCAUUAAGGAGGCUGGCUUGACCCUGCCUGUCAGGGCCAACCAGAGCUGAGAAGGAUACAGUGUCCUAGCAGAAAGACUCAGAUACUCGAUAAAAAUUCUCUCCACAUAGGAGUUGAACUUGGGUCUUCUGCGUGUGAUGGCAAAGCGCAUAACCACUACACCACAGAUGCUGGAAGUUGAGAAGAAUGAGAGUGAAUGAUGGGGGGUAAGUCAUAAGGGAAACCAGUAGCACUGAUAGUUGAUAUUUAUUAGUCCUAUUGAUUGUAUUAUUGACCCUGUAUAGUCUUCCUUAUUGUUUUUCAUGUGUGUUGUACUCAAAUGUCAGUAACACUUUCUUAAAUUACAAGCAUUUUGUUACUCCAUAAUACUGUCGUUAUACUUUGUACUGUACUCCAUUAAAAUAUACAACACUGACUGUUUUUUGGGGGGCAAGUUUAUUUUGAUUUUUUUACACAAUUUUUAUGCACACCAAGCUUUUGUACUGGAUGCGGCAGUUUGAAUAUUGUGGAUUCUACUUCAUCAUACUCAAUACAAAUUUUUUGUCUUUCUUGUUAUGCAUUUUUAUAGUAAGUCUUACAUUUGAAAAAUGUCCUCACAGUUUGUUUCCAUGAUGCAACAAAUUGUGCUAAAUAUGCAUUUUGUUCCAAAAUAUUUUAAAAUUAAACAUUCCAUUAUUUUUUUUCUUUGUCUUUUCUUUUUUAUGUAUUGGUUGCAUCCAUGACUAUGUUUGAAAGUAACUGAUUGCUUUUAUCGAAACCAAAGCAUUUGCAUUUACCAAGUCGACUGUGUGUGUUACAUUGCGAAGUUUAUUCAGGACAUAUGUGAAAAAUGAAUGAGUCCCAUUAGCUCUUCUGGUCAUUUUUUUUUUACCUACUUAUUUUGUCUAUAAUAUAUUUAUCCAAAGCUGUUUCCAACCCUGUGAAGAGGCAAAGACUGCAAGUACAAGUUCAUAAUCGCAGUUAGCUUUUUAUGUUUGCCCCGAUAUCAUUAGUCUGUCAAUUUGUGUCACUUUAGUUUUAGGGAUUUGAAAGUCGUGAAAAUGUACACAAUAUGAAGGAAAAAAAGAAAAGAAAUUAGAGUAGAAUAUUUUGAAUAAUAUGAUCAGCAUGUAAAAAUAGAACUGACACUAAAGCAGCUACAAAUAACUUUACAAAAUAUGGGUUUGGACAAUUGUACCUCUGACUCUGACAGUUUUUUUCCCCACGGUAAUUUUUAAAUAUUUUGGUUGCUUGUCUGACUUUUUAAGAAAAUGUGAAGGCAAAAGUAAUUCUCGAAAGCCUUUGCUUGGCUUUGUGGCCGCUACCACCACCACCACCACAGACCUGUAUGUUGACUGAGACUUUUCGCCCCUUUGGUGUCUGAAGAAGGUAGGCCUUGACCGUUGUCAGUUUUCCCUUUACAUCAGGUGUCCUCGUUUCUAUCUCCCUUUCUCAACGGUCUGUAAGGUACCUUCGGUUUCCCUUCAAUAUAUUAUAGGGUAUUGACUUUUGUUAUUUUUGUUUUCGUUUGUAAUACUGCUUUUAUCCAUUUUCUGUACAAAACUUUGUUUAAUGUAGUAUGCUUUAUUUGUUUUAUAUAUUUGUUGACCCUUGAAUUUAAAGGGUAACUUUUUGUACUGGUUUUCACCAGCUGAUUUGUUUUAGUGAUAUCAUUUGCAUGCACCAGAUUUUUUGUUGGUGAUCCGGAUAAAACUGCCAAAAUUAAGUGGUGAAAUUGUACGAGUGUGGCUAACCAACAAAAAUGACUUGUCUCCACUACGUCUGCUUCUUUAAUUAAACUUUUUUUUUCACUAUUUUGUCUCUUCAGCAUGAUCAAGACCACCUGUGGUUCACAUGACAAUAAACAUUAAAUACUUUAAAGUGCCUUUUAUGUUGUUUGAUUGCAGGUAACAUGUGCUAUUUGGGCCGUUUAUUUAUUUUUGUUUUGACACUAAGUAAGUAAAAGAAUGAAAUAGAAUCUUGGUCUCUAUGCAGUUUUGUUUUAAUUUUGUAAUUAGUAAUUUCCUUUCUUAAAAGUGUGACUUGAGGAAAAUAUGUGACAUUAAUUUGGGGGGCAAAUCAACAUUGAUCUUGAGUUGUUCUUGGCUGCAAGUUUAAAGCAAAAACAAAAGAGUAACUUGACACCACAGCAACCAUGAUUUAAUUUACACACCAAAUUUGCAUUUAUUGAACCAGAAUUGGGUUCAAAUCUAUUCUACUAACCGAAAGCAAGUAUAUCAUCCAUGGUCUUUCUCUAUUCAUGGUUGCCAAUUUUUAAAUAUUUUUUGUUUGUUUUGGUUUUGAUGGGUGUAUGAGAUGAGUGAGAGUGCCUUGUGGGUGCCUGCAACGUCUGAGAAGAAUCCACAACCUAUAAUAUAUACGUCUGUGGUGGCGCUUCAUACGUGACAUUGUGUACUCUGAGCUAUCCACAGGCCGCUAACCUCCCAUGCCUUAUUUACACAUCAUCAUUUGCGCCACCUGUCAGUCAAUUUACGUUCUCAUCAUUGUGCAUCAUAGUUUUGUGCUUCUAUGUGCUGAUUGGUUAAUAAACAAAAGACGUUUUGGAGAAAAAAAAA